AUGCUAAGAGGGCUAGCGAUCCGCCGGCUCCACGGCUCGACGAUUGCUCGAAGUGAUAAAGUCAACUACUCUAAGACCCUCCAGCUUCCUAAGACAGCCUUCGGUCCGAAAAUCCCUCAAGGAGACGCUCGCAGCCAGCUCAUCGAUACCACCUCCAGCGACAUCUACCAAUGGCAGUGGCAGGCUCGUGCCAGUGUGCCCCAAUUUACUCUCCACGAUGGUCCUCCUUAUGCCAACGGUGAUCUCCAUAUGGGUCAUGCCCUUAAUAAAAUCCUCAAGGACAUCAUCAACCGGUGGGAGCUUCUUUACUCUGGUAAGCGCAUCAACUAUCGCCCCGGGUGGGACUGCCACGGGCUUCCCAUUGAGAUGAAGGCGUUGGAACGUCACAUUGCGGCCAAGCAAGACCCGAAGACUCUUACUGCUUGUGAGAUUCGGUCUACGUGUCGAGCUUUAGCUCUGGAGAUGAUUGACAAGCAGCGCACUCAGUUUAAGGAGUUUGCCAUCAUGGCCGACUUCAGUCAGCCUUAUAUCACCAUGACUCAUGACUACGAAAUCAGCCAACUCAAAGUGUUUCGCAAAUUGAUGGAAAACGGGCUUUUGACGCGUCAAUUGAAACCAGUGUGGUGGGGGUGUGAAACGACCACAGCGCUCGCCGAAGCCGAGUUGGAAUAUAACGAAAAGCAUAAGAGCACGGCUAUCUUUGUUAAGUUCCCCAUGGUGCUGCUGGAGCUUACCACCAAACUUCAAAGCCAAGUACCGCAAAUAUCGUCGAUUAAGCUUUUAAUUUGGACGUCGACGCCCUGGACGAUUCCUGCUAAUCAAGGUAUCUGUAUCAACCGGAAUUUUGACUACGGCUUAGUACGCAAUAAAGCCACUGGAGAACACUUGGUGGUUGCCACUGAGCUUGCGGAGCUGGUGGCUAAGCUUCAUGACGAUUAUGAAGUUGUUGACGGAGUUACCAUCACCGGUGAGGAAUUAUUGGGUCAGAAAUACGUCCACCCUGCGUCCCAGACUACUCAGGAAUUCCCCGUGAUCCAUGGUGACCACGUAUCCGCAGCGGCUGGGUCCGGUUUAGUGCACACUGCCCCUGCCCAUGGUGGUGAAGAUUACCUCAUUGGUAAAAACCAUGGGUUCUUAAUUGCUUCCUCAGUGAAUGGGGAAGGGCGCUACAUCAAAGAUAAUAUCCCUAAAGGGUACCAUGGCCUCGCCGACGCUAAAGUCACUGCUGGUGCCACCAUCGCCAAUGUCAUCAACCUUAUGACUGAGAACGAUAUGAUCUACCAUGUGAACAAGAAGUUCAUCCACUCCUACCCUUACGACUGGCGAUCGAAGACUCCCGUGAUUCAACGAGCUACCCCUCAAUGGUUUGUUAACGUCGAACGCAUCAAGCAAGUGGCCAGUAAGGCAUUGGACGACGUCGAAUUUGUGCCCCAACUGGGUAAGAACAGAUUGCUGCUGUUUGUGCAAAACCGUAACGAAUGGUGUAUUUCCAGACAACGGACUUGGGGGGUGCCUUUACCUAUCGUUUACAAUAAACACACCGAUGAACCGGUGGAAAGUCUAGCCGUGGUUGACCACAUCAUCGCCAAGAUCGACGAGUUCGGUACCGAUGAAUGGUUCACUGAAGAAGACGAUAUACUGAGAUGGUUACCGGAAGGGGUCAAUGGUGCUGACUACGUCAAGGGUAAAGAUACGAUGGACGUGUGGUUUGACCUGGGGACGUCAUGGACGACGCUUCUCUCGUCUCCAGUGGAAGCAGGCUUCUCUAACGACGAGCCAUUGGCUGAUAUAUACCUCGAAGGUAGUGACCAGCACCGCGGCUGGUUCCAAUCGUCCUUGCUUAAUAAGAUCGUCAGUUCGGGCGUUGGCGGCGAUAACUUCAAACCGGUGGCUCCCUUCGCCAAGAUCAUUACCCAUGGCUUUACGUUAGACAAAUCGGGUCAAAAGAUGUCUAAGUCAAAGGGGAAUGUCAUUUCCCCCGCUCAUGCCAUGGCCGGUGGUGGCAAACCUUUCUUACCGGCUUUGGGAACCGAUGGCCUUCGUCUUUGGGUGGCGUCGCUGAGUUACACUAGUGAUGUCGCUGUCAGUCCCGAAGUGCUCUCACGAGUAUUUGAAACCGUGAAGAAAUUGAGGGUAACGUUCAAGUUCCUUUUGGGCAACUUAUACCAAUUCAAGCAACCGGUGGACUACGAAAACCUUGCGCCCUUGGACAAGUACGUGUUGUCUAAGUUAGCCACCCUUCAACAACGGGCCAUUACCAACUUUGAGGACCAUGGCUACCAAAAGAUUAUCAAUGAUCUCAACACUAAUAUGAACACUGAGCUCAGUGCGUUAUACUUUGACAUCUCCAAGGAUUGUCUUUAUACUGAUGCUGCCGACUCUUCUCGCCGCCGAGCUAUUCAAACGGUCAUUGCCGAAGUUGCUAAAGUGUAUCUCUCGAUCUUGGCUCCCAUUCAACCGAUUUUGGUCCAGGAAGUAUGGCAUGAGUACCGUCAAUUGUUUAAUAUUGAUGAGCCCACUCCCUUCCACAAACCGUGGUCGUAUUACCAAGUGCCCCAACAAUUCCACAACCCUGAAGUUGAGACUGAAUUUGCUGAAAUUUGGGCCCUUAGAGACCAAGUAUACCGCCAAAUGGAACAACUCCGAAACGACGGUGGGUUCAAGAAUAAGUUGGAGUUGAAGCUCCACCUCAAACUGGACUCGCCCGUCAUUGCCAAGCAUCAACAAUGGCUCGACGACUACUUCCUCGUGUCUGAAGUCGAAGUCAAUACUCCCCCUGAAUCGGAGGUGCUCUCCUCAUCGGACGUGGUCGACAUUGUUCGUUCGCCUCACGCCAAAUGCCCUCGGUGCUGGAAGUUUAUCGCUCCUGAGCCGGAGACGUUGUGCCAGAAGUGUGAUGCGGUUGUAAAUAGCUAA